GCCACCGCCGAGCCGUGCGGAGCCAGGCCGCGCCCUCCCCGGGCGCCCGCCGGCUCGCAUGCCGAGGGGCUCCGGGGCGUAGCUGCGCGCCCGGCGCCGCCUCCGGGCUCCUCCGGCCCCGCCAUGGGCUGCUGCAGCUCCGCCUCCUCAGCCGCGCAGAGCUCCAAACGAGAAUGGAAGCCACUGGAGGACCGUAGCUGCACAGACAUACCGUGGCUGCUGCUUUUUAUCCUGUUCUGCAUUGGGAUGGGAUUUAUUUGUGGCUUUUCAGUAGCAACAGGUGCAGCAGCAAGACUAGUGUCAGGAUACGACAGCUAUGGAAAUAUCUGUGGGCAGAAAAAUGCAAAGUUGGAAGCAAUACCAAACAGUGGCAUGGACCACACCCACCGGAAGUACGUAUUCUUUUUGGAUCCAUGCAAUCUGGACUUGAUAAACCGGAAGAUCAAGUCUGUAGCACUGUGUGUAGCAGCAUGUCCAAGACAAGAACUGAAAACCCUAAGUGAUGUUCAGAAGUUUGCAGAGAUAAAUGGCUCAGCGCUAUGCAGCUACAACCUAAAGCCUUCUGAAUAUACUACAUCAUCAAAAGCUUCUGUUCUUUGCCCCAAACUACCUGUUCCAGCGAGUGCACCUAUUCCAUUCUUCCAUCGCUGUGCUCCUGUGAACAUUUCCUGCUAUGCCAAGUUUGCAGAGGCCCUGAUCACCUUUGUCAGUGACAAUAGUGUCUUACACAGGCUGAUUAGUGGAGUAAUGACCAGCAAAGAAAUUAUAUUGGGACUUUGCUUGUUAUCACUAGUUCUGUCCAUGAUUUUGAUGGUGAUAAUCAGGUAUAUAUCAAGAAUACUUGUGUGGAUCUUAACAAUUCUGCUCAUCCUGGGUUCACUUGGUGGCACAGGUGUACUAUGGUGGCUAUACGCAAAGCAAAGAAAGUCUCCCAAAGAAACAGUUAUCCCUGAACAGCUUCAGGUAGCUGAAGACAAUCUUCGGGCCCUCCUCAUCUAUGCCAUUUCAGCUACAGUGUUCACAGUUAUCUUGUUCCUCAUAAUGUUAGUCAUGCGCAAACGGGUUGCUCUCACCAUCGCCUUGUUCCACGUGGCUGGCAAGGUCUUCAUUCACUUGCCACUGCUAGUCUUCCAACCCUUUUGGACUUUCUUUGCUCUUGUCCUGUUUUGGGUGUAUUGGAUCAUGACACUUCUCUUUCUUGGCACUACCGGCAGCGCUGUUCAGAAUGACCAAGGCUUUGUGGAGUUCAGAGUUUCUGGGCCUCUGCAAUACAUGUGGUGGUACCAUGUGGUGGGCCUGAUUUGGAUCAGUGAAUUUAUUCUAGCCUGUCAACAGAUGACUGUGGCAGGAGCUGUGGUAACAUACUAUUUUACUAGGGAUAAAAGGAAUUUGCCAUUUACACCUAUUUUGGCAUCAGUGAAUCGCCUUAUUCGUUAUCACCUUGGUACUGUGGCAAAAGGAUCUUUCAUUAUCACAUUAGUCAAAAUUCCACGAAUGAUCCUUAUGUACAUUCACAGUCAGCUCAAAGGAAAGGAAAAUGCUUGUGCUCGAUGUGUGCUGAAAUCUUGCAUUUGUUGCCUUUGGUGUCUUGAAAAGUGCCUAAAUUAUUUAAAUCAGAAUGCAUACACAGCCACAGCUAUCAACAGCACCAACUUCUGCACCUCAGCGAAGGAUGCCUUUGUCAUUCUCGUGGAGAAUGCUUUGCGAGUAGCUGCCAUCAACACAGUGGGGGAUUUCAUGUUAUUCCUAGGCAAGGUGCUGAUAGUCUGCAGCACAGGUUUGGCUGGGAUUAUGCUGCUCAACUACCAGCAAGAUUACACAGUAUGGGUGCUGCCUCUGAUCAUCGUCUGCCUCUUUGCUUUCCUAGUCGCUCAUUGCUUCCUGUCCAUUUACGAAAUGGUAGUGGAUGUAUUAUUCUUGUGUUUUGCCAUUGAUACAAAAUACAAUGAUGGGAGCCCAGGCAGAGAAUUUUAUAUGGAUAAAGUGCUGAUGGAGUUUGUGGAAAACAGCAGGAAAGCAAUGAAAGAAGCUGGUAAGGGAGGUGUUGCUGAUGCCAGAGAGCUAAAACCGAUGGCUUCGGGAGCAAGUUCUGCUUGAACCUAGCCGACCGUUAUGGAACCCAUUGACAUUCCAAAACAAUAUAUACACAUAACUAUGUAUUUGUGUGUGUGGGUGUGUGUAUAUAUGUAUAUGUAUGUGUGUAUAUAUAUGUAUAUGUAUAUACACACACACACAUAAUCAGCCAAAAUCAGAGAACAGGAACAGGGAUUUAAUACCUUUUUUAUGCUUAUUUUUGUCAAACAUGUACUCCUUUCAUACGGGUGGCUUUUACAAGGCAACUGCCGUCAUUUAAUGUUUUCAAUUGUAAUUGUCUUAAUGGAAAUGUUAAGAUUCAUAUCUGAUUAACAUUUUUAAUAACUUAGAGGAGAUUUUAACUUUAGUUAUUUAAAUUAGGCAAAAUUAUUGUACCGAAUUCUCUGCCUAAAGUUUAUUCAGGGGUGAUUUCCCUGAUGUGUGCAUAAAAUCAAGACCUUAUUUUACUGAUGCAUAAGUCCUAGUGGGAUGAGACUAGGCAUAUGCUUUCAGGUAAAUAAGGAGUUACUCCAUUCAGUUUUCCCCAAUCAAAGAAGCCAUGUCAUUUUCCUUUUAGAAACAUACAAGUGGACCCAAUAUGGGAAUUUUCGUAAUAGCUCAUGCAUUUGUCAGCCAACAUUAAAAAGUAACCAACUCCUCAGGUAUUUGUAGUUUACCCUAAUGCUUCUAUAAGAGAGUAGGUAAAAAAGGAAAGGGUAGAUAAUCUUUCUUAUGCAAACUUUUCUCUUACAUUUUGUCUUUCUUUCAUUUUGACGUUAGUAGCAUCCUCCACACAUUUGUGUGCCUGAUUUGAAAGGAAGCUGGGGUACCCAGCAAGUUUAGCCUUUAAGUUUCUGUGUAUAGGUUUGCAGACUAAGUAAUGCUGAAAGGAAUAAAAAAGGGAGAGAAACAUGAAACACAAAGCAUUGAAAAUUCCGGUACUUGGGCUUCUGCUUCAGAGGAACUUCAGUGGCUUAGGGCUAAAUGGCCAUUUUAUUCAAAUGCUUGCUAUAAAAUCUGAAAACAUACCGGCAGGUGCUCCUCUCCUUGGCAAUUCAUUAAGUGUCCAGAAUUCUACAAUGUUUAACUGAAGAAUUGGUUAAUGUUUUGAUCCUCAAGUGUUGAACGUUCUUUGUGUUCGGGGAUGGGUUUUGGGUUUUGGGGGGUUUUUUAAUUCCUGAAGCUUACCAGAUAUGAAUGGCUAAUAUUUCAUUGUUCUGCUUAUUGUAAUGGUGAAUGCUUUAAGAAAAAAAGUGUAAUUUGCUAAGAAUAAUUCAUGAUCUGUUUAUGCGAUAACUCCUUUUUGUUACAAUUUUUUUAAAAAAAGCUAUUUUUGUUAAUGUAAAGUAAAUAUUUCAGAGCAGAUUUUUUAAACUUAUUGCACUAAAUAUAGGCUCUGUACAAAAAAAAAAAAAAGCCUCAGCAUUUUAUCAUUCAGUGGAAGGAGAAUCUUUUGAAAGAAAGCAUUGCCUCCUACCAGAAUUAGACAGUGAAUUAGACCGGUAUUAUGGAAAUGUGUACAAUUAAUGUCACUAGGGCUUAAUAAGCAGCUGUUUGCUAAUGUGCUUCCUUUCAAAGGGUUGGACCUUUAAAUUGCUACAAAAGGUAAAUUGUAUUUUUUUUUAAGUAUCCGUGUUCUUUAGCUAGGCUAAAAUUUGCUAAAUGGCUCAGUUUCUUUUCAAAGCUCAUGUAAUAUUUCUGAUUUUCCAGAAUAUUUGCAAUAACAGUCCAGAAUUUUUUUUUUUUUAAAGAAACAGGAGCUCACGUCUUGGCAAGAUCACAGAAAACAAUAUUGUGAGAGUAGCUAUUUUGAAACAAUAAUUCUCCAGAAGUUAACAUUCUAACAUGUGAUGUCACUAAAUGAUAUCAUUGUACUCUUUUAUAUGAUUUGAAAUGGAAUAAAUAUAAUUAUGGAACUAACAGUUAUCCCAGUAGGUGAGAGAGCAAAUCAUGUAAGAAAAUUCAGACUACUACCUUCUGUUUCAUAGCCACACAGAUUGUGGACAUUAAGAAACAUUGGGAACUAAAUUUAGGAUUGGCAAAAGUAUGGAAGAUGGGUAUCAAAACAGAAGACAUUACAGGAGCUACUUAUCUUAGGAGAUGUCCCUCCAAAGGGACCUGGUGGAAUUCUUGAAUUUGGAAAUUAGGUUCCACUCACUUGGACAUCCCAGCACCAUGGACACUUGCUGCAGGGUCCCUGUUCCAUAUGCUCGCAAUCUCAGCUGUUUGGAAGCCACCAGGAAUGCUUUCUAAUUAUCAUUUGCAACUAGGACUGUAAUCAGAAAGAAAUUUUGUAUUUUUGUAUAACUUGAUUGUGUGCCAUUUUAUAUAACAGGUCCUGUUUUACAAAUAAAUUUUGUUUUACUAACAUUGUGUUUAGAAAUUAUGAUCUAUGUGUAACCAUGUCAUUUGAGUUCCAAAUUAAUUGCCAGACUGUUUCCCCUAAGUGAAUAUGUGUGCCAUAUAGGUAGAUAUAUGCAGAUAUGCAUAUAUAUUACACAGACACACACACACACAGAGAUAUUUGACUUAUAGACUAUCACUCUCACAUGAGCUUCAUUCGUUGAUGCAUUUCAGAGAGCCUCACAGAGGCUUUUAGCGAUAUUUGAAGGUUUUGAGGCUAUGUUUGGAUAGACCUGCUGCUGCUGUCAUUCUUCGUGAGCCGUUCUUCAGCUGGCCCUGGGCUGCCUUAUUGCUAUUCGCUCACUGCCUCCAUCUCUGCCCAAGUGAGAAUAGAUGAAGGACAAAAAUCAUCUGUGAAAUGUGGUUACCUGAAUACUUUUAUCAACCACUGACUCUGUGUGGUGGGUUUUGUCUUUUGUCUGCGGUGGAUCUUCAAAGUUGCGUUCAGGACGCCUACUUCCAGAGUUAGCAUCCGCGGUUGUCAGUGGUGAUCACAGUGAGAAAAGAAUCGUGAUCGUUGCUGCCAUUGGAAAAUUAAGGUUCUGGUGCCUGAUUUAGACUUUCUAGGCUCCUGCCUCAAGAGUAAGCUCUGCUGUAUAUGAUAUGGAAGGGAAAAGGUUAUAUUUCAGUAUAAAUCCAAGAGACCCAUCUUCUGUGGGAGGCUUACCAGUACGUUAGGUAAACAUUAGGAAUUUAGCUAGAGCGCUGAGAUUGUAUAAUCUCUGCACGGACGAGCACAGCUCAAAGCAGGCUCUUUCUUUAAACCAUUUAAUGCAAUGUUUAAUGUUUAAAGAUCAAAGCUUAUAUCCUAUCCUAUAGCAUAAUUAAGUCCUAAGUUACUGCAAUAUAAGUAACUUAACUGUGUGUUGGUUCCUAAACUUUUUGCAUAAUGGUUGAGGAGGGGGUAUUCACUGAGUCUAUUUAAAAAUUAAGCUGGAAAUAAGUUUUUCCUUUGUAGAGAUGCUCCCUUACUCUAAUUUUGUCUUUUUUUCAGCCAAGGGCGUUAAGCUGCCAGUUCCCAAUACCACUGACCUCGGUAUCUGCCAAGAGCUCCCUUAUCUUCCCAGGGCAGUUUCAGGAUUUCACCCCAGUACGGGGUGGUGAGGAGGUGACCCCUUUUAUAGCAGUCCUGAGCCCCUUGAAACCAGAGUAAUGCUCCUCCCACCCUCUCCCUUAAAACAGCUACGGAAACCACAGGCACCAAAUAUGUGUGAGGCCAUGUUAGUGCCCUCAAGACCCCGACCAUUUCCACCAGGCACCACUAAUAGCUAAUAAAGGCCGUUUCAAGAGGUCUCCUGGCCUUCAAAGUAGAAUUCUGGGGUCAGUUCUAAAACCAGAGCUGCCAAUUAUGGUGACCUGUACAUUUUAUUUUAUUUUUCAUCAGUAACCUCACUUGAAUUUUUGGAGUUUCCAAUAAUAGCCUUUAACACGGCCUCUGAGAAGUUUCCUUCAGAAAGGUCUUUAAACGUUUUCACUUUUCAGUAAGUUCUCUACUGCGUUUUUACUGCUACUUAAAAAAACAAAAACAAAAUCCUCAGACUCUGGAGGCUUAUCAGUGCACCUGCCACAGUUAAUCUCUGUAUUCUUUUCAUAUAUUCCAUCUGAUAGAUAAAAGUGCACUAUAAUGGCUUGCCUAGAGUUUUUAAGAUGUGGUCUGUGAACAUAUAUUGGAAAAUUGUGGGUUCGUAAGUAAAUGCAUAAAGCAGAGCUUUGUGUAUUAUAUAAUCACAGUGCAGAAUGCCUUUUGCUUUAAAUGCAUAUUCAUGUAUCUUUGUGUACUCAGGAAUACAUGUUAGCCCAUUUGAAAAGUAGGCACUCUUCAUAUACAUUGGCUACUUUCAGAAUAAGCUUAUCUUUUUAAUGACACAUAGCCCAAAUUGUGAAAAAGCAGGAUGCUUGAAUGUGCCAAGAGAAAAUAUAAAGCUAGCAAACUUAGAAAACAAAAUAAAAAGCUAAACAUGUUGUACACAACAAAAAAUUUUAAAUAGCACACUUUCCCGCAUUCACGUUUCAUAAAUUUGAGUCAAAUUCUUAUUCUCCAAGUUUCAAUUUAA